AUGUCUGAAGGGGAGAGCAAAGACAGCUCGGGCAGCGAGUGCCCCGUGUGUUACGAGAAAUUCCGGGACCUGGAGGGCGCCAGCCGGACGCUGAGCUGCGGCCACGUGUUCUGCCAUGACUGCUUGGUCAAGUACUUGCUCUCCACGCGGGUGGACGGGCAGGUGCAGAGGACCAUCGUCUGCCCCAUCUGCCGCUAUGUCACCUUCCUCAGCAAGAAGAGCUCCCGCUGGCCCUCCAUGCUGGACAAGAGCUCCCAGACCCUGACUGUGCCUGUGGGCCUGCCCGUGCCCCUGCCCUCCGUGCCCUCCCCGGACCGCUCAGGCCACACAAACCCCCUGGCCAUCUCCCAGCCGGUCUGGAGGUCAUCCUCAAGCCAAGGGACCCAGCUACCCUUAGACCUGCUGCCCAGCCUACCCCGAGAGUCGCAGAUCUUCCUCAUUAGUCGCCAUGGAAUGCCCCUGGGGGAGCAGGACAGUGUGCUUCCGCGGCGCAGCCUGGCCGAGCUCUCGGAGGUGUCCCCGGCCCCCAGAGCUGCCCGUUCUUUCUGCUGCCGGUCACGGGCUCUCCUGCUCAUCACCCUCAUCGCGGUGGUGGCUGUGGUAGCUGCCAUCCUGCCCUGGGUGCUGCUGGUGAGGAAGCAGGCCUGA